AUGAGAGAAAAAAAAGGGGAAGCAAAACGUCAAUUGCGCAAUAAUUCAAACUCUACAAGACGUAUUGUGAGGCUUAGUAACACCAAUUUGUCAAAUUCAAGAAAUAAUUUGAACUCCGCAAAUAGGAGUUCAAAAUCAAGAAUAAUUAGGGGUCAGGGUGGUAGGAGAGUGAAUACUAGUUUCGAUAAUCUAAACCGAAGAAGACUGGCAUCUUCUAGGAACUCCAGUAACAAAGGAUCUUCAAUCUCACAAAAUGCAAGAAACAGGAAGGGAAGCAUUGGACGCUUUAAUUCAUCCGGAAAUUCGAAUAUCAGAAGAGGUGGCGGAGGAAGGGGAAGGGGAUUUAGAGGCAGAAACAGUGGUUCUGGAUCAGCAUCUAGAGGAAGAGGAGGGGCCUCAAGAGGAUUUAGAGGAAACAGACGUCUCCAAAAGAACAAAAACACCACAAGCACAGCAUCAUUGGAUGCUGCACUAGAUUCAUACAUGGGAGCGGAUGUAUGCAAGGCACGACUAGACUCACAGCUAGAUUCAUACUUUUCUGGCCAAAGUACUGGAAAUAAUGAUAGCAUGGUAACCGGAGACUCUUCAAUGAAUGUGGAGACUAAUCAGGAACCAGUUAUGAUUUCACUAUAG